AUGUAUAAAAAAUAAUCAGCUAGACCUGAUUCAUCGAAACAUAAUAAAUUAGUGAUCGCUGUAAACUAAUUGAUAGAACAAUAAGAACAACCCGAACAAAUGUUACUAAAAAAGAUCACUAACCUAUGGUCAAACAAACAGAGUUCUGAACAUGAUCAGAAUAUCCAAUAUUAACGAUGCCUUUACAUCUUACAAUUAGAACCAGACGAUAGAUCAUAAAGUCAAGCCAAAUAAGUUUAAGCCUAUUUUGAGAAGCAUUUCCAUUACAUAGGAUAAAUACGAGGAUAACUAUCACCAGAACUUUAUUUAAAGUUAUUCAAGAAUCUCUUAUUUGAGAGAGUGAACUAAUUUGAAUUAGUCUUCAAUUAUGGUGAAAAGGGAAGGAAGAUGUAUUUUAUUUUGGAAGGUGAAGUAGGUAUCUUAUUACCUUAAGAAAAUGAAUCAUAAACUGAACGUAAAUUAGAUCUGUCAGCAAUCAAACGAUUUGAUGAGUUAUUAUUGCACAAUUACAGCAAUCAUAAAUUAGUUGCCAUAAAAAAGAAAUCAGAUCAUUUUGGUGAAAUUGCUAUUGAAUAAAGAGUCCCUAGAACAGCUACAGUAGUUGCCAAAACAGAAUGUAUAUUUGCCACAUUAUCUUAUGAUGCAUAUCAGAGUGUUCUUGGAUUAUUGCAAGAACAAAUCAUGAAAAGGAAAUUCGAAAUCAUUCGAUCAAUUCCUCCAUUUAAAAAUUGGGUACACACCUCCUAAUAUGUGUUUUUACAUAAUUGCGAAGAACACACCUUUGAAACAAAUAACAUCAUUUACAAAAGAUUCAAUAAAUGUGAUUCCGUUUAUUUGAUCAUAGAAGGAGAAAUCCUAGUGCAGAAAUGGGAAUAGUAUCGACUAGACUCAGAAGAGAAUGAAGUAUUCUUACCGUAAGGUGAAAAAAUGACUACAUUGGGUAGGUAUUCAAAUGGCCAAGUAGUAGGGGAUUAUGAAGUGUAUUUAACCAAAAUGCAAUAGAAUUAAGUCAAGAGAUCCUCUUAAGCCAAAUGUAUGGUUAAAACUUCAGUUCUACGAGUUCCCAUUCAAUAGUACAUAGAGAAUAUGCGUAAUAACCAAACUGAGGAAUGGCUAUAAUAGUAUUACGAAGACAAGUUCAGCAAGAAAUGGAUUAAUUAUGAAAGUGUAACAUCACUUCAGAAAAGUGCAUCAGUUCCAAUUAAGAAUUAAUAUAUACUCCCAAAUGCAAAUUAGAAAAGCACUCAUAUUUUGCGUAAAAUUUCUUAACCUUGUACUUCAAAAUUUAUUGAAUGCUCUUCUAACUAUAAUGAUAAUUAGGUUGUUACGUAUUCAUAAGAUUUAUUAAACCUUAUGAAGUAGAAUAGGAAAUAUAGAGACAAUUCUCAAAAUUAAAAAAAUAAUCACUCUGUUCACUCUUCCUAUAAUAUUAUUUAGAAUCUAAAAAAUAAAAUUUUGAACUAUUAAGAUAGGUUUUAAUUGGAAAGCAGAAGUGGAGUACAAUCUUAGAGCAUAUUCGAUAGAAAGAGAUGCCAAUCUCGUAUAGACGUUGAUAGUUUUUAAACAUAAUUCCUUUUGAAGCCGAGUACUUGUUCUUAAAAGAAACGAACAAAAUUUAAGAGCAUGCAUAAGUUCGAAUAUUUGUCUAAAGUGAUUAAAAUGGGAUCUUGA